AUGGAACCAGAAAAUAAUACACAAACUUUAGAAUUUCUUCUUAUGAGAUUUUCAGAGGGACCCGAAUUGCAACCUUUCCUCUUUGCGCUGUUUCUCUCCAUGUACCUGAUCACUCUGCUUGGAAACCUGCUCAUCAUCGUGGCCAUCAUCUCAGACUCCCAUCUACACACGCCCAUGUACUUUUUCCUUGCCAAUCUGUCCUUUGUAGACAUCUGUUUCACCUCCACCACUGUCCCCAAGAUGCUGGUGAAUAUCCAGAUACAGAGCAAAGUCAUCACCUAUGAAGGCUGCAUCACCCAGAUGUACUUUUUUGUACUUUUUGGAGGGUUGGACAAUUUCCUCCUGACUGUGAUGGCCUAUGACCGCUUCGUGGCCAUCUGUCAUCCACUUCACUACAUGGUCAUCAUGAACCCCCGACUCUGUGGGUUGUUGGUUCUGGUGUCCUGGAUCAUCAGUGUCCUGCAUUCCUUGUUAGAAAGCUUAAUGGUGUUGCGUUUGACCUUUUGUACAGACGUGGAAAUCCCCCACUUUUUCUGUGAACUUAACCAGGUGAUCCAACAUGCCUGCUCUAACACUUUGAUCAACGACACAGUGAUGUAUUUUGCAGCUGUGCUGCUGGGUGGUGGUCCACUUACUGGGAUCCUUUUCUCCUACUCGAACAUUGUUUCCUCUAUUCGUGUAAUUUCAUCAGCUCGGGGCAAGUGUAAAGCCUUUUCCACCUGUGCGUCUCACCUCUCUGUUGUCUCUUUAUUUUACUGUACCAUUCUAGGAGUGUAUUUUAGUUCUGCUGUUACACACAAUGCACACUCAGUUGCAACAGCCUCAGCGAUGUACACCGUGGUCACACCCAUGCUGAACCCCUUCAUCUACAGUCUGAGAAAUAAAGACAUAAAGGGAGCUCUGAGGAGAUUGCUUGUGAGGGGAAUCCAUUAA